AUGGCCAGCCACGCGCAACGAGCUUUUCUUUUCUUUCCUUUUCGACGCUGUCUCCACACUCGAAGACGAAAUCGACCGUCGCUACCUUUGACUUCGCGUGCGAAUCCGUUCAUCCCACAACUACCACAUUCACGUCUUUCUCGUGCUUUAUCCCAAGCCAUAAAUGAAACAUCAUAUCCUCCACGAUCCAUUUUAAUUGUGAACAAGCUUCGAACUGAGCCUGUGAUUGGGGCAAUUGAUGAACUACUGGAUCAUGUAGCGAAGACGUAUCCGGGUGUGAAAGUGUUCUCUGAAGACCGCCCAGACAUUCCAUUCGGCGCACAAGUGUGGCGUCCCGGGCCUCAUGCCGAGAAAAUUGAUCUUGUCGUGACUCUUGGAGGUGACGGUACCAUUCUCCAUGCUGCGUCACUCUUCAGUCUUGCAGCGGUCCCUCCUGACACCACUAAACAUGCGAUAGAUAUCGAUGGCUUUGUGAAAGGGCUCGAAGCAGUGUUUCAGGGCAAGGCAACCAUCCUCAAUCGCAUGCGUUUGUCGUGCAUGUUCUAUGACAAGGAUCGCAAAAAAAUAGGGUUCGGUGACGAUGAAUGGCAAGUCACGAAUGAGAUUGCGCUACACCGUGGGUCAAGUCCACACCUUAAUACCAUCGAUAUUUGUGUAGACGGGCAACAUCUCCCGAGCACCUCUGAUGGGGUGAUUGUGUCAACGCCUACGGGAUCAACUGCAUACUCUCUCUCAGCUGGAGGGCCUAUCGUAUGUCCACGAAGUUUAUCGUUUAGACCUCUCGUCUUCCCCUCAUCCUCAUCUUUAACACUGCGUAUCAGUGAUCGUCCCCGUGCUGCGGCUGGCGUUUCGAUGGACGGGCGUGUAUCGCAUAUUCUUAAUCCAGGGGAGUCAGUUAUUAUACAGGCUUCACUAUACUCAGUGCCUUGCAUUAACCGCUCCUCCAUAUCCGAUUAUGGAGACGAACAACCAGGCGAAGAAGGCGUUGGGCCUGGAAAAGAGGAUGAUUGGGUCCGGGACAUCAAUAAUGUGUUGUAG